AUGCAUCCAGAUUCUCAACUAGAGAGCGCUGUCAAAGAUGGCUUUGACCCAAAGAGCCUCUACAGUACAGAGUUGACGAAGGUCAAUGAGCCAGCGAGAACAAUUCUCGAGCAGUACAGCAAGAUUCCAGCAGAAAACAUCUUGCAACAUGUGAAAGAUUUGAAAGAUCGUGCUUUUGCAGUUUUCCCUUAUGCCUGUAUUGGACAAGCCUCAUUCCUCGAGCUGAGCAUCGCAUCGUCACCAUGCUAUCCCGAGAUGCUUGAGCGUGUUAAGAAGGGAGACAGGCUACUUGACCUGGGAUGUGCAUUCGGACAGGAACUACGACAAUUGAUCUACGAUGGCGCCCCAUCGCAAAACUUGUAUGGAUCGGAUCUCCGCCCAGAGUUCCUUGAGCUUGGUCUUGACUUGUUCAUGGAUCGCUCAACCAUCAAAGCCCAUUUUAUUGAUGCGGACGUCCUUGACGAUAAUUCCGCUCUCGUUACUCAGCUAACGGGCGAGCUAAACAUAGUUUACAUCUCGCUUUUCCUCCAUGUGUUUGACUUCGAGACACAGAUUAAGGUGGCUAAGAGGCUGUUUGAUUUGCUUGCCCCGAAGGCCGGAUCGCUCGUCGUGUGUCGAGUUGUGGCGUGUCGGGAUCAAGCGAUAGGGAAUGCCACCAACGCCCGCCUGCCAUACUAUUACCAUGAUCUGGCUAGUUGGAAUCGGCUGUGGGAGUGUGUGCAGGAGGAGACGGGUCUGAAGUUGAAGGUUGACAACUGGGAACAGGACGAUGCUUUGGCGAAGAAGCAUCCUCUAGAAGGCAUUUAUAUGCUGGGUUCCUCGAUUCGUCGGGAGUAG